UUCUUUACCCUCUGAGCCGCCAGGGAAGCCCACUGAAGUGUGGGGCACCCCUUAAAUUUUUGUUGUUGUUGUCAGGUAAACUGAAUUUUACUAACAAAAAGCAUAAGACAGUGUAAGUUUUACAAAACAAGUGACCAAUAAAUGUUAGGCUAUCAUUAUAACCCUUAAUUCAAAAUUUUUGCCAAACGUUGGCUAUGAUAAACUACCAUUGUAAGUAGCUUGUCCCUUUAAUUCUUUGCCACGUUGUAUCCCGUGAGUCAUCGCGCCCUUCAGCCCCACUGUAUCCCAUCGUGCCCUGCGCCUUCCGUCAGCGACUUCUCCCUCUUCCGAUGCGUGCCUGAUAAUGGCGCAGGGGCAGCGCAAGUUCCAGGCGCAGAAGCCAGCGAAGAGCAAGGCGGCGGCGGCGGCCUCGGCGCGGAACCGGGGCCCGAGGAAGGGCGGUCGCGUUAUCGCACCCAAGAAGGCGCGCAUCGUGCAGCAGCAGCAGCUCAAGAAGAACCUGGAGGUUGGGAUCCGGAAGAAGAUUGAGCAUGACGUGGUGAUGAAAGCCAGCACCAGCCUGCCCAAAAAGCUGGCGCUUUUGAAGGCCAGCACCAAGAAGAAGGAGGCCUCUUCCUCCACCAAGAUGCCUGCCUAAGGAUGCGCCCCAGCAGGACCAUCACUGCAGCCCCCUCCUCUGCGCUCAGGCCUGUGCAGUUAACCCCACAGGAAAGAGGAACUGUGCUCUCCAAAGCCUUGAACUGCGCCUCGAGCUUGACCGGGGAUCUGGCCUGUGAGCCAGUGAGUAGCAGGUCAAAAGCACAUGGACUGGCUGGCUUCCCAGGUGCCGAGGUCUCAGCACAGGCCAAGGCCAGGGGGAUGUCUUCACCGACUUCCUGUGUCCCCACUACCCCCUCCCACAUCCUGUCUGGAUAACUUGGAGCGAGGCACCUGGCUUUGGCCUUCCUCCCAGGGUCACAUGCUCCUGUGAGCAGGCCGUGCUGGGGCGUCGGGCCAGGUGCCCAGACCGCCCAGCCAGCCCCAGUUUACACACGAGCCACAUGCCCAGGGAAGGAUGGACAAGCUCCUGCACCUCCAGCCUGGGACCCGGGGGAGAGUCUUUUCUUUCUCCCUACCUGGGGUGACUCGCCUGCUUGCCCUCCACGGAUAUCCCUGUGUCUUCCCAUCUGCCGGGGACAAGCCAGACAGCCUAGGGAGCCACUUUCCCAUCCGCAGGACAGACAGUGACACCACCUUGUAGAGUCAAAAUGCUGAUUAAACCCGAAGCGCUUUCCAACUUC